AUGUCUGACUACGCGUCUCUUACAGUGGCUCAAUUGAAGGAUCAGCUUAAAGCCAAGGGUUUGGCCUUGGACGGUAAGAAGGCUGACUUGGUCCAGCGUCUUGAAGAGCUGGAUUCUGGAGCAGCCCAGCCAGCCGCUCAACCUGAGGAACCAGUGGCCGAACCAGCUGCUGAAGAGCCAGCAAAGGAGGAGGUAACUGCUCCAGAAACUACCGAGCCAACUACUGGUGAAAACGGCGCUAAGCCUGAGGAGCAGGCCGAGGAAAGUAAGCCAAAGGAAUUAACCCCAGAGGACAGAAAGAAGUUGGCCGUGGACCUUCUCACGAAGAAGAUUCAGAGAGCCGAGAAAUUCGGUGAUGAACAGCUGGCACAGGCGGCCCGUAAGGACUUGGCUCGUGUGGAGAAGUUUGGUGUUGAUCCAGGUACAGCAUUGGCCAAAGAAAUCGGAUUGGUCGACAAGAAGGUGCACACCGGCUUGGGCAACUUCAAAAGAAAGGGCAAUUUCAGAAGAAACAAGCACAAGGGUAAGAAGGGUAAGGUGGGUAAAUAA